AUGCCUACCGAGAAUGAUACCGUGAGAAAGCAUGUCCAAUACCUCGGCCAUUUCAACGCCAUUACCAACCUCAAAAAGGCGGUGAACGGAACACCCAUCAGUGGCCCGACGAGGAAAUACAGGAUUGCUGCGGAAAGACUUCACUCCUCCGCGCGGCUUUGUCUGGGAGCUUUCCCCAACUGAAUUCAAGAGAGGGUAAGUUUGGCUGUGAGUCUUCAAAUCCGAUCAAUCUCGCCCGACUAGAUACUGAUCACUUUGUGUGUAGUGGUUGCCAGAGAUCGACCACUUCCACCCACUUGUCCCCAUCAUCCUGGUUAAAAUAAGAAAGGACUGGCACGACAGGGGAUAUGAAGAUGGGAGAGUCGAAUUUGUGACUCCGGAUAUAGGCGAGCAAAUGAAGCGGAUGAAUAGUGCCGACAAGUAUAUCGAGUGUUCUAGCUUGAAGGGCGAGGGUGUCAGGGAGAUGUUUGGGAUGGGAAGAUCGUGGGGGUAUUUGAGCUCUUGA